GCCGCUUCCGCUUCCGGCGGCGGGGGGGAGGAUGCGGCUGCUGCUGCUGGCGGAGCUGGCGCUAGGGUUGGCGCUGGGGUUGGGCGCGGCGGCGGCGGGCGGUGGUUCCGAGCCCGACGCCGUCACCUGCGGCUCUGUCGUGAAGCUGCUCAACGUGCGCCACAACGUGCGGCUGCACUCGCAUGACGUGCGCUACGGAUCCGGCAGCGGGCAGCAGUCGGUGACGGGCGUCUCGGCCGUGGACGACAGCAACAGCUACUGGAGGAUUCGGGGAAAGACCUCCACGGUGUGCGGGAGGGGGACGCCCGUGAAGUGCGGGCAGUCCAUCCGGCUGACCCACAUCAACACGGGGAGGAACCUGCACAGCCACCACUUCACCUCGCCCCUCUCAGGCAACCAGGAGGUCAGCGCGUUUGGGGAGGACGGCGAGGGAGACUACCUGGAUGACUGGACGGUGGUGUGCAGCGGGCCGUACUGGGCGCGUGACAGCGAGGUGCGGUUCAAGCACUCCUCCACUGACGUCUUCCUCUCUGUGACUGGGGAGCAGUAUGGACGGCCCAUCCACGGCCAGAAGGAAGUGCACGGCAUGUCCUACUCUAACCAGAACAACUACUGGAAGGUCAUGGAAGGGAUCUUCAUGAAACCCAGCGAGCUGCUGAGAAUGGAUCCCUACCAUUCUGAGUUAUGACGGACUGUGCUGGAGCUUCCCAGCGUUGCAGUACCUUUACCACAAGUGUUCAGCUCCUGUAGGGACCUUCUGCUUCCAGGAGCCUUUGCAGCAGCUCUCAGUUGCUGGAGCAGUUGGGCACAGGCCAGGGAACAGAGCCCUUGUUCCCCUUCUCUUUCCUUGCCUGGGUCUCGUUAUCCCUGUUGGUCUAGGCUCCAUCUGUUGCAACAGGCUCCUCUCACAGCAGGUUCCCCCCUCCUGCAGAGGUGCUAAGCCAAACUCCCACAGAAAAAGGGACCAUUCGUGACUUGCUUUCAUCACCUUGCAGCGAGCCUGUUCUCACUGUCACGGUUUCAUUUGUUUGUCUCUGUGAGUUCUGUAUUGCUGACGUUCAUGCACAGACACGUCCUGGGGCGAACUGCUGAUGAGCUCGGCCAUAAAAGAAUUUACUUCUCUAA